CUUCUCCAAAACAACCACCAUGUCUAUCCCCACAGGCCCAAAACUCGUGGUCGUGGUCGGCGCGACCGGCAAUCAAGGCGGCUCCGUAGCCCGGCGCUUCCUCCGCGAAGGUUCCAAUCGAUUCCGCGUCCGUGGCCUGACUCGGGACACCAGAAGCGGCGCCGCCAAAGAGCUAGCGGCCCUGGGCGUGGAGGUCGUCCGCGCUGAUCUGAAUGACGUGGAAUCUCUCAAGGAGGCGUUCAGGGGAGCCAACAUCAUCUUCAGCGUCACCAACUACUGGGAGCCAUUCUUCCCUGACAGGAUCGAGGCGAGCCGCGAGCAGGUCAAAGCGCUUGGGCUGCGUGGCGUGAGGGAGUAUGCGGGUCGCAUGGAGCUCGAGCAGGGGAGGAAUAUUGCUGAUGCGGCUGCUGCGACGGUGGACUCGCUAGAUGCGAAUGGGUUUAUCGCAUCAACGCUCAGUCAUUCUGGCCAGUGCAGCGGAGGUCGGUUUGAGGAGCUGUAUCACUUUGAUGCGAAGGCUGAGGUGUUCCCUCACUAUGUGAAGGAAAAGCACCCGGGGCUGGCGGUCAAGAUGAGCUGUGUCCAAACGGGAUACUUCAUGACAAGUCAUCGGAUUUUGCCUGACUCAUAUUUUGCCAAGGUGGAGGACGGGAGUUUCGAAAUGCGCUUCUGCACCGACCCAAGGAGACUUGUGCCGCACCUAGAUCCAGUCGCAGACAUGGGCAAUUUCGUCUACGCCGUGUACCAGUCCUUGUGGUGCGGUAAGGAGUAUCUGGCCGAGGGCACAACGUGUACCUUCGCCGAUUGGAUUGCCACCUGGAGCGAGGCGACUGGCAAGCCGGCCAAAUACCGCCAGGUGCCGAGGCAGGUCAUGGUGAAGGCCUGUGGAGACGAGGACUUCGGAGGCGAGAUAACUGACAUGUUCGAUUACACGUCUGAUCCAGGGUAUGCCCCGCUGGGUUUGGUGAGGGCAGAAGAUCUGAGAAAGGCCGGCAUCGAUUGUCCUAUGACAGAGUUGCGAGACUGGAUGAUGAAGCAAGACUGGUCAAGCGUCCUGUCCAAGUCAGUGGUCGACUCUUAGUCCUAACACAAUAUUACUAAGGCAUCAACAUUUUCUGGUGCGUGGCAGAGUUUCCGUGGAUGCCGGGCAGUUUGAGGCUCUAAGAGAUACACUGGGUACGCGGAACAAUACCAAUGGUACUCGCCGCAGCCACAAGUUUCUCUCGGCAAUACGAGAUGCAGUCACGCGCAGCCGCCGUGCCCAGGUGGUGAGAUCGAGCGGAAAUUGGCAACCACCAAUGUAUCGCUGCCAAAGACAAUUGACAUUUCAGGACUAGACAGGAUGUGAUUGAAUGCUGUGGUUAGGCAUUUCAUUUCUGCAAACCAAGAAACCACUGGCACGCCUGUGUGUACCGAUUCAAAUGGAGAAAGUAUUGGGGCUUCGAUGAUGCAGAUCAAGAACCAGUUGCGGGACAAGGCAUGUAUUGAGAAGUGCGUUGCAACCUUUAUCCCUACCAUCUCGGCUUGCGAGAAGA